GUAGUUCCGCCCGUGGAGAUCGGCUCAUCGCCAGUGAUAAACUGAUCCAUCUCCCAAGCUCGCGCAAACUGCCGACAUCAACUUCGCCGGCAACUUCGUCGAUAUCGCAGCAAUGGCUAGCCGGAGACCAUACUUCAACGACCGGGUUCUCUACGAUACCACACCCCUCCCGGACUCCAUCCCCCCCGUCAAAGAGGUCGGGGCAACCUCUGCGCCUCUACUCUCAGCCUCCUUCUUCAUAGGCGCCCGGUGCCGUCCUUACAACGAUGACUUCAUGCAAUGCAAGACCGAGAACCCCGGGAAAGGCGAGUUCGAGUGUUUGAAGGAGGGCCGCAGAGUCACUAGAUGUGCCGCCAGUGUGGUCGACGACAUCAACAAGCACUGCAUAGUGGAGUUUCGCAAGCAUUGGCAAUGCCUUGAUAACAACAACCACCAGCUGUGGCAGUGCAGGAAACACGAGUGGAAGCUUAAUAAAUGCGUCUUCGAUAACCUGAAACUCGAGAAGACGAUCCCAGAUGCCCCCGAGGACCAAAUUCCCGUCCAUCUCCGGACGAAGCAGAUCUACGCCCACUACCCCAUCUUUAGGGAGCGCGGUCAACCACCGUUCGGCAAGGCCAUCGACCCGCCUUCAGCGCAGUCACAGGCCGAAGCGUCGGCUUCAUGAGGACGAACUAUCGGUUCAGACGAGUAGGCUACACCCGGAGCACUCUGAGAACAAAUUGCUAUGUAUAUACGGAAGCAAGAAAUACAGUGAAGUCGACGUUCCGUUUUCCAAUACUUUGCCUCAUCUGAAGUCAACUAGGGAUACGUAUUCUCGCCUAGCUCCUCAUCAAAUAUGGUUCUAGCGGCUCUCGCGGGCACCGACGAUAGCUAUACGCCAGCUCAUGAUUCCAUGAGCGAGGUUCUUGAAACGGAAAAGGAAAAAAAAAACACCUGUGUCCCUGUCCCAUAAUGGAACGAUGCGCCGCGUAUAUAAUUAAGUGCUCUGAGGAUUAGGCAGCCGAUCGCAGUUUGCAUCGU